AUGUCUGACAACAAAGAUCCAGAGCUUUCGGAAACCAAACCAGAAUCAAUUUCGAAAAGAAAAUAUCUAUUUCUUUCUGCAAUCAAUAAUGUUGGCCUCCAGUCUGUACAAACACUUCUAGCCGGCAUGAUUGGUGCGAAAAAAAUCGAUUCUAAAAAUCGAUUCAAUAUCACUGUCGCAGGAAAAAGAGUUACGGUGAUCACCAAUGGGGGGGGAAUUUGUGAUCCACGACAUCCUCAGCUUUACGUCAAUCGUCUGACUCGUCAACAAGCAAUUCAAAGACAUUUAGCUCGUUACAGCGGUUGUACUAGUGGAUCCAGAAGAAUACCAAAGACCAUAUAUAAUGCCGCCAAUGAUACACUUUGGCUGCGCGAAAUCGACUUUUGGUUAGUGCCAACCUACAUGAGCUGCCUCGGAACUCUUUAUCGUGAUAAGUGGAUGGUCCAAAGUUUAGCCAUUACCCUAUCAUCUCGAGACGCUCUCAUGGACAGGGAAAAUCUUCAUGGCUUAUCUACCGUUCUUGCUUAUUUCUUUAAAGAGUUGCGGGAAUUAAUUGUCAUUAUGGACUACCAUGAUCUUACAACUCCUGGUUUACCCGACGAGAUUACCUUUAUAAACCUCUUGCCAGAAAGCUUCUCAAAACACUGCGCUGUUACCAACUAUUCACCAACAACUCUUUCCAUGUGCGAAGAAUUUAUAGUUGGUACAAUCUACGGGGAAUGGAAGCUAGAUCACUGGUACACCUUGGCCUGUUCUUUGAAGCACUCAUUGAAGUCCCCUUUCAUGCGGAAACAUGAGACAGUACAAAAAAUAUCGAAUUCGACUAAGACUAUUACAGCGGAUGAUCUUUACUACGCUCUUCGCGAUGACAAGAUACGUGCUGAGAUGUUGAAUCAUCCGAGAGAGAUUCCACAGGUAACAGAAUUACUUCGAAAAUGGACUGUACCAUCUGUAAAAAAUUUAGCCGCUACUACAUAUAAGUAA